AGAAGUGAAUGACCAUAAGAUGUUGUUACAGUCUCAUAUCAUUGUUGAUAUUCCAUACUCGAUUGAACCUCAUAAUGAUCGAGAAGUAUUGGGAGUAUUUAGCAGCGGCAAUCUCUUUGUAUUUUGUUAUUCAUUUCGUGUACCCUAGAUUUCAAAAGAAAAAAUCUGCUACCGAAAGAUCCAGAGAAAACGAUGUUUCUAAUGAUAAUUAUUCUGACGUCGAAGAGGAUGAUGGUGUAGCCCCGGCCUUACCAGAAGAUUUGGAACAUGUUCCUCUGAAAUUUGAUAUUCUUUCUACAGAUGUGAUGAUCAAAAAUUCGAGAGAUUUCUAUGAAAAAAUGAAUCGACGUCGAACGAUCAGAACCUUCAGUUCCAAGUCGUUUCCAAAAGAAGUGAUUUAUAACAUAAUCAAAACUGCAGGAACUGCACCUAGUGGAGCUCAUACAGAACCAUGGACUUUUGUGGUGGUCGAAAGUAUGGAUAUCAAAAGAGAAAUACGUGAAAUAAUAGAGACAGAAGAAGAAACUAACUAUAAGAAGAGAAUGGGAAAAAAGUGGACUACGGAUUUGAAACCUUUGAGAACAAACUGGAUCAAGGAAUAUCUGACAGAAGCCCCUUAUCUUAUUCUAGUUUUCAAACAAUCUUAUGGCUUGAAACCUGAUGGAACCAAGAAAAAUCAUUAUUAUAACGAACAGAGCUUGUCAAUAGCUGUUGGAUUCCUUCUGGCUGCCAUUCAUAAUGCUGGACUAUUCUCUCUAACAUCAACUCCCUUGAAUUGUGGACCAGCCAUAAGACUUCUUCUCAAUAGACCAUCAUCUGAAAAAUUGGCUUUCCUCCUACCUGUUGGGUAUCCUUCUGAAGGAUGUUUGGUGCCUGAUUUGCAUAGAAAACCUCUCUACGAAAUAAUGAUUGAAUACUGAACUAACAACAUUAGUCAUACACAUGAAUUUAUUCAAACACAAACAUUUUUAUACAUUUUAUAUCAGAUACUUGUAAUAUAACAACCCUUAUCUUUUU